AUGCCUUCCUCCGAGCAGCAAGGGGACAUCCCUCCAGUGUACCAAAUCGACCUGUCCCUCCCCCCAGAAGAGCGCUACGUCCACCUAGCCACCAUCUACCGCCGCGAGAUGGUCGCCCUGACAGGCCUCUUCGACGACCUCCUGGCCCUGGUGGCUCCUACUCACGCCAUCCCCUGGAUCAAGCGCGUCUCUCGGGUCUUCCUCCGCCGCUUGCAUACCUCUGACGAGACGGCCGAGCUCAAAGGGAUCAGCCGCGUCACUGGUAUAGAUAUGUACCUGCUUGUCGCGCUCAACGUCCUCCUUGAUACCCUCAUGGGAUGUACCAGCGGGGCGGCUCUAUGCCAGGAUGACGAGGACGAGGGGGCUAGGCCGCGCAUGCUGCACUUCCGCACGCUGGACUGGGGCAUGGACGCAUUGCGCAAACUGCUUGUCCGGUUGGAGUUUGUCCGCUCGCCGGAUACGCACACCGUGCUUGCGACUAGCAUUACCUAUGUUGGGUUUGUGGGUGUGUUGACGGGCGUGCGCCAAGGCCUCAGUCUGAGCUUGAACUUCCGUCCUGUUCAUGAUGCUAGUAGUCGCUGGGCGAACUACCGCUUCUAUGGGAGUCAUUUGUUAGUGUUGUUGGGACUGCGUCCCUCUAUAGCGUCUGUCCUCCGCGGGUGUCUCGUCCCGGGUGUGCUGCCAACUCCCGGACCCCCGCUACAUCAGGCGCUACCGGUCCUCCUGCGCACGCCGACAACGGCCGCGUACCUGGUGCUGUGUGACGGCACCACGGCGUACGUCCUCGAGAAAGACCACCGCUCGGCGCACGUCGCCUCGGACUCGACUUUCAUCGUCGCCACCAACAGCGACCAGUUCACGCCUGUGUCGCAGGGUACCAACCCUGCGGGGAACCACUCAGGGUCGUUUCUCAUCUCCGGCGAGCCUGUCACCAUGUCAGACCUGGUACAGGAUAGCGCCGAGCGCCGCGCGUACAUGCAACUACAGUGGCAUAAGAAGGUCUUAGCUCGCAGGAGUGACAGUGGCACUAGGAGUAGUGGGAGUCGGAGUAGUAGUAGGGGUAGUACUACGCACCGACACGAUAGUCUGCGACGCACGCGCUCGUCAAAAGCAGCCACGUCUUUUCCGACGCCUUUUGUGGAUAUGACCGUUGAGCCGAAGGUCACUGCUACAAGUAGGGAAGUCAUUCGCUGGACGACGGCGUAUCCGAUUACGAAUGAGGUUACGCACUUCGCGGCUGUUAUGGAUCCAAGGGCCGGGAGGGUUGUUUGGAUACGGAGAUUUUUGGAGGGGGUAUAA